UUAGAUAAUACGUAAAGUACAUAGUUUCGUUUUACAUGGUUUACGUUUCUGACAUGAUUAUAAAGAACUGGAGGUGAAAAUAUUUAAACUGCAUGGGGAAUGUUCCCGACAAAAGUUUGACCUUGAACAAAAACAUAGGUCCAGAAGCGGAUAAAAUGGCUGACGAACUUUUGAAAACUGUACAGGAAAUACAAAGUUCCAACAGAUUUAUGCUCAAAAGAUUGAAUGAUCUCUUCCAUACCUCCGAAGGCCAGUGUUCCUGUUCCCGGAAACAAGAAAGUCAUCAGCAAGAUAUACAGGAAUUGCAGGCAAAGAUAAUUGAAUUAGAACGUAUUGUGAAAGAGAAAGAUCAAGUUCAAAAAGAACUUAAUGCACAGGUUGAACACUUAAAAGAAAGAACUGAUUCGCUUGAAAUAUCUUUGAUGGCGGUGCAAACAGACGACUCUAAAUUACAUUCUGCAAGUUUACGUAAAACCCAAGCAGCUUUAAAACAAGAGCCGUCUGUAACAAAACUAGUCAAACAGAUUUCAGCAUUGAGUGAUGAAGAUAAACCUGAAAGCAGGGAAAAUAGAAGUCAAGUAUAUCAUACGAAAAACGUUGAGUAUUCAAUACCGGCCACACAGGUAACAGAUUCUAGUGAAACACGUGAUUCGCAAGGUGUAGCGCCGGACAGCAAAGGGUCAUCUAAAGAUAAAAACAAACAAGACACAGGGAGUACAAAACAAAAUACUGUUGAAGGAUCAACAAAGUUUAGUAAAGCAGUUGCGGAGGAGAUGGAAACUAACGCGUCGCUACCAGAAGGAGCUACCGGACACAACAAGAGUGAGAAACCAAAUAUUGAAAAGGCAACCUCAGGGUCAAGACAAACAGCACAUCCAGAAAAGAAAUCUUCAAAGAAACCGGCUGAUGUAAUUGAGCAGCCAGUAAGAAAGACAUACGGUGACGAACAGUUCUGGAGAUUUCUUGCCCAACAAGAAUUAGAUCAAGGAAAGAGAACGUUGAAGGAUCUAGAAGGUGUUCAUACAGUUGUAUGUCUGGACAUUUCAGCGAGUAUGGCAAAAGAUAAUGCAUGGACAGAAGCCGUAACUUUUGUUCGUGAUUAUCUGAACGGACUUGAAGAUAUUUCUACGAAACACGGCCUUACAAAUGAAUAUGUGGCUAUUGUAACUUUCGGCCAUGAGACAAAAGUACAAAAACGGUUAACAAAUAAAUACAGUGAAAUGCGACAGCUGGUUGAAAUGCAGCGGCUUGGAGGACCGAGUCCGAUAUACGGAGGUUUGGUGCUCGGACUAGCAGCUGCCGGAUCGUCUGAACAUAUAUUCGAGGUUGUCAGUAAUGUCCAAGUAUUUACAAAAGUUAUUAUUGUGACUGACGGUCUUCUUACUGAAGUCGGCCAAUAUGCGGGACCAGAUACACCUGUUGAAAAUCUAAAUGAGACAAAGGCAAAGGUCAUACAGUGCAUGGAAGAGUACAAGAAGGACCAUCUUGAUACUUACCUUGUUCCUGUUGGAAAACAAGACAAAGAAACCAGUGAUUUUAUAGACCUACUGCUAGCUGUAGCAGAUGGGAGAAAGCUAAAAUUCAAGUCGGGAAGGCAGUUUUCAAGACGACAUUAUUUAACGACAAAGAUAACCGAUCCAUUUGGAAUACUACAAACACCUUUCUCCCUCUUCGGAACAGAUCUUUCUGACUUUUCUGCAGAGGAUAAGGAAAUGAUUGAGGAAAUAAAGGAUGAUGCUAGAAAAAAUCUGUUAUUACACAUGGGUAGAGGCAAACAAAACAAGUACAAAGAGAUGGACGGUGGCAACUUCCCACCUAUAGGCAGCCGUGUCCGAAGGGGGCCGGACUGGAAAUGGAAUACACAAGAUAGUUACGGACCUGGAACAGUCAUAGGGCACGAUGACGGUGAACAAGUUUGGGUAGAAUGGGACACCGACGAUCACCAGAACGUUUACAGGUAUGGACAACCGGGUUAUGAUGUCCUAAUUGUUGAGGAACCUCGACAGCUUAAACCUGGACAGAAGAUCGCUGUUGGUUGCAUUGUGAAACCAGGAAAAGAUUUUGCUCAGCCGUCUGCAAAAGAACAGUUCUGGCAAAGAGGUGUAGUUAUUAAGCUCGACCAACCUAAAGCAACUGUCCGCUGGGAUAAUGGAGAAAGAGGCGACUACUCGUACGGCGAGACAGGGAAAUGUGAGAUAGAAGUCUGUACAGGAUUCUUUGCUUUCGGUUCAGAAGGCCACGUCCUUGGAUCUGAAGUAACAACAGCACCAGUGGAGAAAAAGACGAGGAAUAAGAACAAGAACGUUAUCUAACUGAUUGUACACAAUAGAAUAAAACUUUUAAAUUAUCAGUUUGAUAGAUGUGUGUCGUCACAUCAUAAAGAUCGUCAUGUUGAACAUCUUUCUGAGAAAUAACGUUCAAACGUAACAUGAUCAGAUACCAUCAACUAAAACAAGUCAUCUAACAUUUUAGAUCAUGUUUUAGGAAACUUUAUUGUCCUCUUUUAACCCGACCAACCACACAUAUUUCUGUGUAGAAUGCUUGGAACCUUGUACGCCAUUUUCAUGUUGUCAAACCAUUGCUCUUAAAUAGCCAUUACGUAUGCUAAUGACUCGUUUAAAAUAUUUAAAUGAAACCAUUAGUCAGUUGUUGUCGCAAAAUAGCUCCAUUUCUCUAUUGUUUGAAUUGGAGAAUGAACGAAUGACCGGACUGAACGGCAACAGUAUAUCCCUCCUUCGGAACUACGAAAAAGGCAUGAACGAAAUAUAUUCAUACAAGGAAAUAUAAUCCCUAAUUUAAUGGAAAUCCCGAAACCUUAGUCUCUAUAUGAACUUUGCAUGAACUUGUCACAAUAAGGUUCAUUGAUGGAGAUAAAUCAAAUGACAGUUUGAAUUAGGCUUAUUGAUCAUGUUCUCUAACAAAACAAUGACUGGCAAUCGGAGCCGCUUCAGGCUUCCUGGAAUUAGAUUAUUACUUAAUAUAAUAAUAUUACUUUCCAAAACACAAACAUCUUGUUUUCUCUCGCUUUUGAUAGCAGCAGUUUUUCAGAUUGGAAAACCUCCAGAAUUAGGUCAUGCUGUUCUUCAAAAUAUAAAAGUACUUUUAGUCAUUGUAAAUCUGAAGUAAUUUUGAUUCUUUGAAUUCUAGGCAGUAUUUUAUUGAAAAUAUAGCGCUUAUAUGAUCUAAACCGCUAGACUCGUAUAGCGUCUAAACUGCUAGAUAAAAUUUAAUAGAAAUGAAAGAAAUGUCUAAACUGUUUUCAAAAUGAGGAUAGGGAUUUGAGUGUAAACGUACUGUCGUACAUUCGACUACAUUGUAUUGUCAUGGGGUAGGCUCUGUCAUGCCACUUUCUGUAUGACUGGGUACACUGCCAGUGAUUAGGCAAAUUAUGGGAUUUGGCAUAAUAACAUGGGAUAUAAGCUGUAAAGAUAAUGUAAGAUUGCAUUCUAAAACAUCUCCAUUUUACUGAAUAUUUACAUUAAAUAAUUAUGCCAAUACUUAUUGAGGUGUUUGGAACCUUAUUGCUUGUCUUUAGCUGACUCUUAAUGAUUUCCAGACUAUCUAAUUCUAAUGUUUUGGGAAAUAUCCUAUUUCUGAAAUUAUGUGAUAUUAAUAUUACAAUAUUAAAUGUUAAAGGAUUGGUUUCUUUUAUGCAGUUUAUGCAUGUAUAAUCUUUGCAAAAUCACUUACAGAGUCAUAAAAUGUACAUGUUUUUAGUCUCCUAUAAAUCUUUAUAGAUUGGUCAUGUAGAUAUGUUUUUAUUGUUAAUAUCAAUGUUGGUCUUAUACAUGAAUGAGACUUUAAUAAACUAAACUACAUUUUGGAUAAAGAUAUAAAAACAAAU